CAUGCCAUCUCUCAGUGCCCAGUGAGCCCUGUCAGGACAAGAUCGGACGAGGAACGGUGCGAGGGUCUGAAUGCCUUCCAAACAAAGCAGCAUGACUGGACAGCAAAUAAGUAGCCAAAGCAUUACUGAUCUGCAGACCACUAGGCUAGAUUCUGCUUUGAUGGAGGAUGACGGCGAACCUGAGCAGAGUUGCUGGGCUUUCCUACCUGACAUCUGCAUGAACCACGUGUUCCGGUGGUUAGACGACAGGGACAGAUCCCGGGCUGCCUUAGUCUGUAAGAGAUGGAGUCAGGCCAUGUACGCGGGGUCUCUCUGGAGAACCAGAACCAUCACCUUCCGUGGGAUGCCUUCUAGGUUGCACACAUCAGAGCUUGAAUCUUCUCUGUGGUAUGUCAAGAAAUUUGGCAAGUACUUGGAACACCUCGAGAUCAGGUUCCUGAAUCCUUACCAUGCUGUCUUCACCCGAAAAUUUCAAGUGACUAUAAGAGGGCUCCUUUCACGCUUGGGCAAAUGUAACAGCCGCCUGGUGUCCUUAAGUAUUCAGCACCUGGAGUUGGACAGAGUGGUCUGGAAAAAUGGCAUCCGGAUUCAGUUCAUCAAGAACUUAAGUACUUUCUUAAAAAGAAUGGGCAAGCACCUUGAUUAUCUCAGUUUGAAAGGAGCCAGGGUGACGCUGGAAGAAGGCUGUGAGCUUUUGAGCUCUUUGAGCUACUUGAAAAAUAAAAGCUUUAUCUCUGAAAUCAACAUAGAAGAUUUAUUUGGUCACCACCUCCCUAUCUACAACUGCUCCCUGUUUCACCAGACAAUGUCCAAGUUCUGUAACCUGGUCAUCCUGAGCCUCAAUUACAACUGCAUUUCCGAUGAUCUGCUGGACACGCUGUGUGAACAUAAUGCCGAUUCUCUCUGGACCCUAAAUAUCAAGUGCCAUAUCCAUGACCCUCAUGGACAAGUGGUUUGGGGGAUGUCCUGGGCAAACCUAGCCAAGAGAGCCCCAAAACUCAGAGUGAACUUGUUCUUUGAAAGCAUCAUGAAGCAUGACAGUUUAGCCAGGAUCCUGUUAGCAGAGAUCCCUGCCAGGAGUAUCAGUCUACGCAGCGGGUACUUCAGUGACUCAGAUUGGACAAUGAGACCCACCCUCACCAAUAUCUUGCCAGCUUACAAGCACAUCCUACAGAAAUUGACCCUCGAGUUCAACCAUGAACAUGAAGCAUUGGAUGAGGAGCUGCUGCAGCUCGUGCUAGCAUGUGAAAGGCUCUUCUUCCUGAAAGUCUGGGCCUUCCUCAGUGUCACAUUUAUGGAGCGGCUGCUCCAAAAACGGGCCGAAAGGAAAUGCACCCUGUGCACCAUAAAGGUCAGGAUUUACACUGCCCGGCAUGAGACCCACGAAGAGGACCGAAUGCUGCGACACAUUUACAGGAAGUUCAGAGACCUAAUCGACUCAGAGCUGAAUUAUUUUGUCAUCGCCUACCCCAUGGUGUGA